GGAGUUAAUGCCCGUGUUAUAACCUUAUCUCGUCUUUAUUUACAGACAACAACAAGCUCCAUAAACAGCCGCGCCUGCACAGAAACAUUACGGAAGUGGAAGCUAGCACAUAGUGGGAUCUCUGGGUUAAUUACCAACAGUUUUCAGGAGGUCCCAGCAGCUCCCAGAGCCACUGCGCGUUCUGCUGACGCAACCACGUCAACUGUAGUUCAUAGCGAUGGCGGACCGCAGUGUCCCCACACCAGUACAGGGAGGGACCGAGCAAAGUCACUGAGUCACUCUCACUGGGACCCGCUGCUCCGCCGUUUAACCACCUGUUAAAGAGACCGUUGCCACUGCAGUCCCUCCCGUGAAAUAGUAUGUGGGACGGGAUCUGCUCGGAGUGCACGGACCGGGACGAGGCAGAAGUAGAGUGAGAAGGAGUGGAGUGCGCCGGGCUGUGACGCACCGCAUGUUGAGCCAGCAAGUUGAUUGAUACAACUAAAGUCGCGUCGACGGGGAACGGGGACAGCCGCGCUCGGAUUUAACGGAGCUCUGAGGGGACGCGUGUUCCGGCAAAAUGAAAUUCGCGGAGCAUCUUUCGUCCCAUAUCACUCCGGAGUGGAGGAAACAGUAUCUUCAGUAUGAGGCAUUCAAGGAAAUGCUGUAUGCUGCCCAGGACCAAGCUCCAUCCGUAGAAGUCACAGAUGAAGACACAGUGAAGAGAUAUUACGCUAAAUUUGAAGAGAGGUUUUUCCAGACCUGUGAGAAAGAGCUUCUGAAAAUCAACACAUUCUAUUCAGAAAAACUUGCUGAAGCCCAGAGACGAUCUGCCACACUGCAGAAUGAACUGCAGUCGUCACUGGACGCUCAGCGCGAGAGCAAUGCUCCGCCCGGCCUGCGGAAACGAAAGACGAUGUUCCACCUGUCGCAGGAGGAGCGCUGCAAACACCACAACAUCAAGGACCUGAAGCUAGCCUUCAGCGAGUUCUACCUCAGCCUCAUCCUGCUCCAGAACUACCAGAACCUGAACUUCACUGGUUUCCGUAAGAUCCUGAAGAAACAUGACAAGAUCCUGGAUACUCCUCGUGGGGCCGACUGGCGUGUGGCCCACGUGGAGGUGGCGCCUUUCUACACAUGCAAGAAGAUCACACAGCUCAUCUCUGAGACGGAGGCCAUCGUGACCACAGAGCUGGAGGGAGGAGAUCGCCAGAGGGCCAUGAAGAGGCUGAGAGUUCCUCCACUGGGGGCAGCUCAGCCUGCUUUGGCCUGGACAACCUUUCGCGUGGGUCUCUACUGCGGCUUCUUCAUCAUUCUUGCCAUCGCCUUCAUUCUCUCCGGUGUUGCGUUUAUCCACAACGAGAACAUGUGGCCCCUGGUGCGGAUCUAUAGGGGCGGUUUCCUUUUGAUCCAGUUCCUCUUCCUGUUGGGCAUCAACACGUAUGGAUGGAGGCAGGCUGGAGUCAACCACGUCCUGAUUUUUGAGAUCAAUCCCAGAAACAACCUCUCACACCAACACCUGUUUGAGAUUGCUGGCUUCCUGGGCGUGCUGUGGUGUCUCAGCAUCCUCUCCUGUGUCUACUCAGACUACAUCUACAUACCGAUGCAGAUCAACCCUCUCAUCCUUUAUGGCUUCAUGGUGCUUUUCCUCAUCAACCCCUUCAAGACCUGCUACUACAAAUCCCGUUUCUGGCUCUUGAAGCUGCUGUUCCGUGUGUUCACCGCACCGUUUCACCGAGUUGAAUUUGCAGACUUCUGGCUGGCCGAUCAGCUCAACUCUCUAGUGUUUGUUCUGAUGGACCUGGAGUAUCUCAUCUGCUUCUACAUCUUCGAGCUGCAGUGGAGCGACAGCAAGGGCCUGCUACCCAAUGUCAAAGAUCCCAGUGAAUUCGUGUGUCACAGCUACUCGUACGGUCUGCGCGCCAUCAUCCAGUGUCUGCCUGCUUGGUUCCGCUUCAUCCAAUGCCUGAGGCGUUACCGUGACACCAAGAGGGCCUUCCCGCACCUGGUGAAUGCUGGGAAAUAUUCUACCACCUUCUUUGUCGUCACCUUCGCUGCCCUCUACGCCACGCACCGAGAACAAGGACACACGGACGCUGACAUGUUCUUCUACCUGCUGAUCGUGUUCUCCACCAUCAGCUCCCUCUACACCCUGAUCUGGGAUCUGCGUAUGGACUGGGGUCUGUUUGACCGCGGAGCAGGGGAAAACACCUUCCUCAGAGAAGAGAUAGUUUACCCACACAAGGCCUACUACUAUUGUGCUAUUAUAGAAGACGUGAUCCUACGUUUUGCCUGGACCAUCCAGAUUUCUCUGACCACAAUGACCAGCUUCCCCUCUGUGGGCGACACGGUAGCCACCGUGCUGGCUCCUCUUGAGGUCUUCAGGCGUUUUGUCUGGAACUUCUUCCGUCUGGAGAACGAGCACCUGAAUAACUGUGGUGAGUUUCGUGCUGUAAGGGAUAUCUCUGUGGCGCCACUCAACGCCGACGACCAGACGCUGCUGGAGCAGAUGAUGGAUCAGGAGGAUGGAGUGCGAAACCGCUCAGGCAAAAAGACCUGGAAGAGGUCCUACAGCCUGUCACUGCGACGCCCCCUGCUGUCCUCCUCACAAUCCAAGAAGGAUACAAAGGUGCUAAUUGAAGAUACGGAUGACGAGGCCUUCAGCUGAGUCCACAACGUCCUCGCUACACGCACACACACACACAAAUACACACACCUUGUUCCACUAUACUUAUAAGGACCUCAACCUCAGCCCUUCUCCCUCAUAGUUUAAUGUGUAGUCCUAACCUUCAGUCUUUAAAUCAGUGACUGUCCUCACCUCUAUAGAACAUACCUCAUCUGUAUAUCCUGGUGAAUAGUCUUUAUAAGUAUAGAAAUCACACAGUAUAAUGCACACACACACACACACACACACACACAAAGAUAAACCUGCUGAAGCACAAGUAUAGUGUAAUAUUGCUACAGUUUAUGAGAGAGCUAACGCCACGCUGACAAACGUCACUCAGUCAGUCAGUCAGACAGUCAGUCAGACUGACAGACAGGCAGGUGGACAGAUGGACAUAUGUCAAAGAAAUCCUGCUGCACAUAACCGGAGAGCCAAGACCACACUGCCCUUCUUUUUUUAAACAGACUUCUUUAGUACGUGUUGUUUACUUUGAAGAUAUUUUACGUUCUUAGGAUUCUACUUUUUAUUUUAUCUGGGGUUUAUUUCGAAGAAGCUGCACAGACGACUGUUUACACGCCUUUUUAACUCCGCUAGGAUCGACAGGGAGAAGACAAAGCCAAUCUAAAGACUUCAUACUAACACACAGAAACCUGAGGAAGGACUCACAUCGCAGCAUAUCAAAACUAAUCAACUGCUCGUUGAUUCUUUUUAUACGUCAUCUCUCUGUGUCUUUGUUAUUUUUUCGAGUUGUCUGUUUUAAAAUCUCAACCCUGGAGGCACUUGCAGGAAAAGUGCAUUUAAUACACAAAACACGAAGAAAAACAUUUUGAUUGAAGCAUUUCUAAUCAGAUACAUUUCUUUGUAAUAUAUUUAAUAUAUAUGGAUGUGCAUUAUUAUUCUACUGUAGUUGUUCAGUGCUUCUACUUGUGUUUGUACUAGUGAGACUAGUUGGAGCAUCCUCACAGUGAUUGUUUAUGUAUUUUAUAAUGUUUUUUCUAGGUUAAACUCGUUUUUAAUGAGCUCAUAUCUGUGCCCAACCUCAAAUUAGAGCAAAAUGGCUCAUAGACUGUAGUGUCAUGUUAUCUUAAAAUGCCCUGUUAACUAGAGCAAGUGUACACGCAUUGCAUUAAUUACCAAAGCGUUAUUUUUAUGAAUGUGUCUGUGGCUAGAGUAGCUCCGCCCAUGCAGCCUGCAUGAAUGAAUGAGAAGAUACCAGAGUCCAUUCAGGAUUGGAGUGUUUUUAAUGGGCUGUAUUUUGUUAACAGGCCUGAUCUUAGAGAUAAGUUGAGUAGGAGUGCUGGCGUUACCGCCAACAUGUGUGUAUACCAGAAUACGACGUACAGGUGGAUCGUGAAAUCAGUGGAUCUCAAACUGGAAGCUCCAGGAACAUUUUUAAAUUUUUAAAUGAACCAAACAUUCUUGCUUGUGAGGUCUGCAAGAAUUUAGAUGAGCCAGGUUCAUUCAGGCAGCAGUAAUGGACAAAACUGACAGAUUCUUUGAUAGGAGAAAUUGUGAUCAGACACUGUCCAAAACGAAUUGAUGAAAAUGUUCAUCCUGCUUUCUCGUGUUUUUGGUCUUAAAACGGGCAGUAAAUCAUCUGUCAGUGCCAAAGAAAUGCUGGAGAAUACUUUAGAGUAAAAUGUAGUUUAACUGUUUCCACUGAUGGAAGAUGUUUGGGAACUACUGGUAUACACUCUGCAGCUGUAACGCACCCCAUUUCGCACGAUCUAGGUUAGGUUUUCCACUUAUCUGCUCUUCUUGAGGAGAUUUCUUACCGUAGUAACUAGUACAAAAUGUGUUGCUGUGAUAGUUUGAACAGAAGACAAUACCAUUCAAGAUUAAAAACACUGGCCUACUUCUGUGAGCAUCAGGGUGUUUGGCAGUCAUCAAAUCUGACAAUGCUUCAUAAGCUCAUUCAUUUCUCUGUAUCCAGGCUUUAAUCAGUCUGUUUGUUUUUGUUACCUUAUCUACAUGUAGCCUGUCUGUGUUUAAUGCUUCACUAACUUCAUAAUGAUUUCAACUGUUGUGGUUUGUUAGAUCAGCUCUAAUGUGCUUACGGCCUGUGAAGGUUCUCAGUCGUCCAGGUGACGUGUCUGGAUAAUGUGCUAAUCCCUCACUCAUGGCUCUUCACAUUUGAAGAUUUUAAAGCAAGUUGCUGCUGUUGAAGGACCCCCGGCCCUCAGAGGAACGUUGCCGUGUGUUUUACUUCCUGUCCCUGCUUUGACCCCUUCGUUCUGCUCAGCUCUGCUCCUCUUCCUCCUCCCUGUGGCUCCACUGUGUCACCACCCAUCAGUCAUUAGACAAAGCACAGAGAGCUGCAGGACAGGUUUGUUACAGAAAAGUCCUGUUUCCUCUGCUCCGUUUUCCUUUUUUUAUAUAUAUAUAUCUCUUCUUAGGAAAGCCUCUUUGUGCAAUGAGUGUAUAAUGUGAACUGGAAGAGUAGAGAGUAAAAACUGUUUAGAAGGUGGAUAGCUUCUCUGUCCAUUUAAAUACUCACAAAACAUGACACACACACAUACACACACAUUGCCUCUCGGGUGUAGGAGAGCACAACACUCAGCAGGUGGUUUUGUAAAAAUAAAAUUAAAAAAAAGCUCUGUUGUCUUGCCUGCAUGCUGCUUUAGUUUUACAUUGUACAUAGCUCUUAAUUUAUUUGACCUAAUGUGUAUAUUAGUAAUCAUUGUAGCCACCAACAAUGAUGGAUUUCAUACGUUGCCAUUCUUCGCUCCAGGACAGGCAGUAUUUUGUAGGUGACGAGGAGCUUUUUGUUCACAAUCCUGCACUCUUUUUCAUGUGUAAAGCUGUUGAAACGUGUUUGUAUAAAAGUAGAAGAAAAAGAAAAAAGUAAUCCAUAGAAAUGGAGAAUGUGAUUGAUCGUAUCUUGCUGGUGAUUCCUUCGUAUUUCAAGGCUCCAUCAUCUCCGGGGAGGGAGGGUUAGGUCCAGGGUUUGUUGUGAAUGUGCAUGAAAAUACACUCACUUGCCGACGAAUGCGUUCUAAUACAGUCCUGGCUUCAUGAAGGGUAUAAUGUUCAUUUCACGUUGAGACAUCUGGAUGAUCAUUUUGGAGGAUGUAGUUCGUGGUGUUGUUAAACUAGGUUGAAUCAAAGCUAGUGAGUAAAACGUGGGUGCCAGAAAAAUACAAAUGUGUUCUGUGUAUUGCAGUUCAAUAGUAUAACAAACCAAACCCUGAAAGUUGAAAAAGUUGAAGGAACACGAUUUAGACAAAGUCUGAAUACCAUAACUUUCAGGAAGUUAAGAGGUUAAGUGUAGGACUAAAAUAUUAGGAUGCAUUCCUGGUCACUAGUCUACCUACUGACCUGAUGAGUGAGUGUAUUGUGGCCAUUUAAUCUGUUGCUGCUGAUAGAAGCACUUUGGAAAUAUUGUAGUGAGACGCAGGAACAGACCUCUGGCAGGUCAAGGAGGACCCACAUCACAACAGGAUGCUGUUAAACUGAUCCCAGAUCUGUCCAGGUCUCAGCUGAAUGUCUCCCAAACAGUUCGAGGUUCUCCUCUUUGCUCGCUGGAAGCACUUUGAGGUGCUUCUCUAUGAGCAAAACAAACCUUUAAAUUGAUCAGCGUCCGCUCUGAAAACAGGGUUAUUUUGUACAGUCUGUGUUGGGUGAGAUGAUGAUCAUCCCCGACGUCCUUGUUUUUCUCAUGGGUAAAAACCACGGAUGAUUUUUUUCAUUGCUUGCUGAAACCUUCGUGAUGUAAAGUGCUUGAUAUCUGUGCAACCUUCCCUCUCUCUCUCUGUGUUGUUUGUACUCUUUAAACUAGCUGAAUGUGAUAGUACCUGUAGUUCAGUAGAUGUUCUACUUUGAUUAAAAAAAAAAGGUUACAGAAUAAAUACAUAGUGGCUAAAUGUGAUUUUAAGAGACAUAAAGAAAGGAACAUGUCUUACAAUCUGAACCAUCCUCCCCAAGUCCCUUUUACAGAGUAGUCUGUACAUGUCGAGUGUAUAACACUGUUCUAUGAUGGUUUUUCUGAUGGUAUUUGUAUUUCUGUAUCCACUUUGGUGAUCCUGUCAUAUCUGGGUUUUAUAAACCACAAUUAUUUUUAAAACUCAA